AUGGAACCCAACAAAGGUUCAAAUUAUUUGCCUAAAAUAACAGAUGUUGAAUGGAAACUUGAAGUUUUAACAAACACUCCAGGAGUUGGCUCUGAUAACUUAUUAUAUACAGUAGUGUUAAAGACUGACAGAGAAGAUGUGCGCUUUACCUGUGGAACGCAGCAGCUGCAGGACCUCGUGUAUAAAUUGAAAGAUUUAGUGCGACAUUGUGAAAACGUUAAAAGUGAACUUGGG